AUGAAAUUACUCAUUGCUUUCUCCCCCCUAGUUGUUCUCAUUUUAUUCCAGGAACAUAUUUCUUGUUACUACUUAACUAAAUAUGCUUCUUCUGGCUACUAUCAAGAUGCAGAUUUUGUUAUUGGAGGACUCUUUUCCCUUAGAGUGACUGAUGGAAAUACAUUUAUAAGUAGAUCUGGCAUUGAAGAUACAAGCCAUAUACCAGAAUAUGUUUUUGCGGAUCUCAUUAAACAUUAUCAGCACAUUUUAGCAAUGGUUUUUGCUAUAGAAAAAAUCAACAAGGACCCAAAUAUUCUAUUCAAUAAGUCCCUGGGAUUCUUUCUCUUCAAUGUCAACUUCAUUGAGAUGAAGGCUGUGGAAGGUUCUAUGGCUUUGCUCUCAGGAGAGAGCCCCCCAAUUCCUAACUACAGCUGCAGGCCUGAAAAGACUGAUAAGCUGGUUGCAGUGAUAGGAGGCAUUUCAACAUCAAUAUCCAUUCAGAUCUCCCGAGUUCUAAGUCUCUACAAAGUCCCACAGAUCAGCUAUGCUCCUUUUGACCAGAUUCUUGGGACCAGAGUCCAGCUUCAGUCUCCUUAUCAGUUUUCAAUGCACACCGCAGCUCUGUAUCAGGGAAUUGUCCAACUGAUGUUAUACUUCACUUGGAUCUGGGUUGGCCUGGUGGUUCCAGAUGAUAUGAGGGGAGAACUCUAUCUUAGGGAUAUUACCGAGGAGAUGAUCAGCCAUGGAAUUUGUGUUGCAUUUGCAGAAAAGGUUACAGAAUAUUCUAGUAAGAACACAGUAAACUGGAAACGUUUUAUGGAACGAUUCACUUUGACACCUGUUAUCAUUACUUUUGGAGACACACAUUCUCUUCUGCGAAUUGUCUAUUUUGUCAUUUUUUAUAAUCUUUUAGGUAAUGUCUGGAUCACAACUUCUGAUUGGUAUAUCACCACAUUACCCUUUGAACAGAAUUUAAUUUAUACACACUUUGGUGGAGGAUUAUCAUUUUCAUUUCACAUGGAUGAAAUUCUGGGAUUCAAGGAUUUUCUCAGAAGUGUUCAACCUAGAAAAUACCCUCAUGAUAUCUUUAUCCGGCAUGUAUGGUCAAGCUUAUUUGGAUGUCCACAUUACUACCAACACAGACUCUGGGAUCUAAGUCAAUGUGAGCCAAAUGGCAGCCUGAGCACACGACCUCUGCAUGCUUGGGAUAUGAAUACUUCACCUAUGAGCUACAAAGUCCAUGCUGCUGUGUAUGCCAUUGCCCAGGCACUCCAUGAGGAGCUGUCACUCAGAGUGGAAGGAGAUUCAUUUGAUAAAGUUAUACUCCAAGCUCCUCAUCCAUGGAAGCUCCAUCCAUUCCUACAAAAGGGCCAAGUUGGGAGAAGCACCAAUGAGGAGUACAGUGUGAACAAGGAAGUUUCAGCAAUCAAGCUUGACAUCUUUAAUUACCAGUCUCUGCAGAGUGGUACUGAAGCUCAUGUGAAGGUUGGCGAAUUUGUCUUUGAAUCUCACAGUGUUCAGCAUCUUUCACUAAAUGAUAAAAUAAUAACUUGGGGUGAGCACCACAAUCAGACUCCUUUAUCUGUUUGCAGUCAAAGUUGUCCACUUGGAUUUAGCAAAACAGCUGUUGAGGGGAAACCAUUCUGUUGUUUUGAUUGUGUCCCAUGUCCAGAUGGAGAAAUUGCAAAUAAAACAGAUAUGCAUCAAUGUAUUAAGUGUCCGGAAGAUCAGUAUCCAAAUAAACAGAGGAAUCAGUGUCUCCCUAAAAUUAUGGUAUUUUUGGCCCAUGAAGAUCCACUGGGAACUGUUCUUGUCUCCUUGGCCAUUAGUUUAUCUGCCUUUUCAGCUAUGAUUCUAGGAUUAUUUAUCUGCUAUCGAGAAACACCCAUUGUCAGAGCAAAUAACAGAAAUCUCAGUUAUCUCCUCCUCAUUUCUCUAAAGCUCUGUUUCUUUUGCUCACUAAUAUUCAUUGGCCAACCUAGAACAGUCACUUGUGUCUUGAGACAAAUUAUUUUUGGGAUUGUAUUUUCCAUUGUCAUUUCUGCUAUCUUGGCAAAGACCUUCAUUGUGGUUGUGGCUUUCAAAGCCAUCAAACCAGGAAGCAUCUUAAAAAUGGGGAUGGUGACCCGACUCUCAAAUGCCAUAGUCUGCUGUGGUUCCAUCAUUCAAGUGUGCAUCUGUGCAGUCUGGCUGGGAACAUAUCCUCCUUUCCCUGAUGUUGACAUGCAGUCAGAGUUUGGGCAAGUCAUCCUCUGGUGUAACGAGGGGUCCACCCUUGCUUUCUAUUGUGUUCUGGGGUACUUGGGCUUUCUAGCCAGUCUCAGCUUGCUUAUUGCUUUUCUGGCUAGAAGGCUACCUGACAGCUUCAAUGAGGCAAAAACAAUCACAUUCAGCAUGCUGGGUUUCUGCAGUGUGUGGAUUUCUUUCAUACCCACUUACCUGAGCUCGAAGGGCAAAACCAUGGUGGCCGUGGAAAUUCUUUCAAUUCUAGCCUCCAGUGCUGGCUUACUGGGAUGUAUAUUUCUUCCCAAAUGCUAUGUGAUCCUACUGAAGUCAGGUGGUCAUUCAAGAAAGAAGUUCUUUAAAUGA